AUGAACCAAUACACAAAUGAAGACCAUUACUCGGACGACGAUGCCGAUGCCGAGUCUGAGGAUCUGGAAUCGAUCGCGCUGUUUCCGGCGAAAGCUUCGUAUCACCGAUCUUCCGAGGAGAUGGGGUCCCCCAACGUAGUACAGCGCACUUACGAAAAGCGAGAAAAGAGAUCAAACAAGACGAUGUUGGUGAAGGCCGCCGCGGCGAUGCCGUGGAUUGUUUUGGCCAUCAUGAUUAUCUCGACAGGUUUCAGAGGCUAUAGACGACCACGGUACUGUGGAGCAGUGUACGACUUGCUCGAUACACAAUUGUACAUCAAGACAGCAGGGAAGAGCUUUCUGGAUCAGGAAUCGGUCAAAUGGGGUAUGUCGAGAGUACCAAGAGGACCCGCUUUCCUCUCGCGAUCGGACCAUUCACUCUGUACCUCCUGUCUUCCCUGGACAUUGCAGGCUCCUACACUAUCCAAGUCCCAGGAAGUGGCAACUGGACCGCUGUCGCAGGUAAAUCUUUCAUUAUCAUCAUACAAUGCGAGCCUUCCAUCAUCGGCACUGGACAAUGCAGUCCGCAGUACUCGGUUCACCUCCGCAGUCCCGUGGCGGAGUCCGUGCCUUCGAUCGCUUCGCUGUACAACCACAUCGUCACGACAGGACGCACCAAAAUCACCGUCACGCGGCGUCACAAGCAGGCGUUUACGAUGUCUGGGCCAUCCCCGAAAGUGUCGGGCAGCCGGACUGUCCGGACAACGAGAAGCAUUGGACGGUUGGAGGUAGCGGACAGACGCCACUGUACGUCGCGGAAUCGAGGCGGUCCGAGGUACGCGACGAGUUCAGGGCGUGCACGACUGCGGACUAUGAAGGCACUGCCAAGGGCAGAUGGAUUAGCUUGAAGCAUCUCAACCCGAGGGACUCCCGGAAGUCCUGGGCUAGGACUCAUUUCGAGAGAGACGGUCAGUUUUAGCCCCUCUCUCGACCGCUAGCCACGGCAGCAGAAUUUGAUCUCCUUGUCCGUGUCCCAUUCUCUUUCAACACAACGGAUAAUCAACACCUCUCUCAACUCGUACAUCUUUGCCCCCUAUCGAUGCAAACGCAGCGCACUGAAUGUGAGGGCGUCCGUCGAGACGAUUCCGUCCGUCAAGCACGUCGCGUACCUCGGUGAUUCGAUCCUCCGCUCGAGCUUUUGCGGGCAUUUGUACCCUACGUUGCACAACGGGACCUACGGGAAUCUGUGUGACUGGACGACGGAUUGCAAAACAUACCAACAUUCCCAAAAGUCGUUCAACUAUCCCCUGUCGACCGGAAUAGAGACCUCAGAUCGAGCCCACGUGCGCUUCAGUCAAUACUUCCUCAAGGAUGAUUGGACCGACGUCCUCGACGGCCUAAGCAAGGACCCGGAACCCGUGACUUAUGUAAUCAUCAAUGUCGGCCUUUGGUUCACCAUGUGGGACGAGAAAAACUACAGGUGGUUCAUCAACGUCCUGAUGGAACGUGUCGUCGCGCUCGUUCCACCGUCGACGCACAUCAUUUGGUUCUCGACUUCGUCAUGCAGUUCCGGCAUCAUGUGCUAUGGUUUCUUCAAGAGACGCCCGUUAAGGAAUCAUGGCAUUUUAGCGAGGAGGGCGCUGGCGACGUUCAAGGAGACGCAUCCGCUGCUGCGAAUAAACUUUAUUGAUUUCUAUGGCCUGACGGAUGCGCGACCCGAGACGUCUUCAGAUGGAAGGUGGGUUCACUUCUCCAUCCAACACCUCUCAUCACUCCUGGUCCUUGCAUUACUGAUGUUGGACGCGGGAAAACACGCAGGCAUUGGGUCAAAGAAGACGAAUCGGCUUCGCUGCUUCAAAGUCGCCCCCUCGUUGGCGAUGCCGAUGACGCGAUGAUGGAAUGGGCAUGA